AUGCCAGGCGACUGCAUUCAAGAAGAUGAAGCAGCUUUGCAGACAUUAGAGAGUGCUCGGACAUAUAAUCCCAGACGAGGUCUGCGAUCAACCUCUGCAGAUAUCUCUACCCUAAUCCAACAUUCUGAAGUCGUGCACAGCCAGCAUCGUGGUCUGCCUCUAGAGCCCAAGAACGACGACUUCAUCUUCUACUUCCAAAAUGAAUUACUCUUCUUCACAAUGUCGACACUUUCACUAGAGGAGAAGAGUGGUCAGAGUGCUUCAGAAGCCAUCGACCAGAAAGCCUUACUAAAAAGGCUUCAGGCAAAAUGCCACUCACCGGCUCGUCUUAGGACUGAGGGUUUAAUCACAUCCCCAUGCCCAAAAUCAGAUAGCCCACAGUGGAAAGGGAUAAUCCGCUUGGACCUGUUCAAGCGCACACCGGGUCUCCAUCAUCAUCACCAACACGGCAAAUCUGGCCAUCACAAAGCCAGAGAUGCAGUAGUCAUCGACUGCGAAAUGGUGCAAGCAGAAAAGGGCCGGAGAGUUAUCGCCUACCUCGCCGCGGUGGACUUCCUAACCGGUGAAGUCCUCAUCAACAGUUACGUUGAUCCCCAGAGGAGAAUAUACAACUGGUGCACCCGCUACAGUGGAAUUACGCCCAAAGCUAUGAAAAAGGCCGUAGCCAACGGCGACGCCCUACGAGGGUGGAUGGGAGCGAGACGUGCCCUAUGGGACUUCAUCGAUAAUGACACGGUGCUUAUUGGGCACGAUAUUAAGAACGAUCUCAAUUGUAUGGGGAUAAUACACCCUAGGAUAGUCGACUCGACUAUCCUCACAGCGGAAGCUGUGUUUAGGCCUAGGUGGGAAACCCAGCGGUUUCGGAGGACUUGGUCGUUGAAGACGCUGUCGAGUGUUUUCCUUGACAGGUUUAUCCAAGGUGGAUCAAAUGGGCACAGUGCAUUGCAAGAUGCAGUUGCCACGAAGGAUGUCGUUAUUUUCUGCCUCGAGCAGCCUGAGUGCUUGAAGAUAUGGGCGGAAUUUACGAGAGGAGGAUGGAAUGAUCUGGAUGACUUUGAGACACUGAAAUCUCUUAUAACAGAUAGUAUACAAGUCUCUGAUUACCUCUGA